AUGUGGCUGGUCUCCGAUAUAAUUAGACUUGUCAUCAUUUUCCUUAACGUGGUGUCAGGUCUGACUCUGAAUUCCUACAUAGUCGCUGUGUAUGUCCGGGAAUGGAGGAGGAAAAGAGGCUUCAAUGUGUCCGACAGAAUCGUCCUCUUGUCGGCUCUCACCGGGAUCGUCUACCAAUGUUCUGGCACCGUUGAUAAUCUGAUGUUCUUUUUCGGGUCUUCCUCAUCACACGACAAAAGACAAAAUCUACUCGCCUUUGCUUUUUAUAUUUUUAUUACGUAUGAGAGCGCCUGGAACACGGCUUGGCUUUCCCUCUAUUACUGCCUGAAACUCGUCAAAUGUUCCCACCGCAUUUUCCUUCAGUUACAGAGAAGAUUGUCCUCUUCUAUCACCCAGAUCCUCAUCGUCUCCUUCGUGGGAUCAAUCUUCACAACUCUUCCACUUCCUUGGACUUUACAUUUUCAUUACCAUAACAUGACCAACGAUCCAUCUUCAAAUCGCCAUUCCAUUGAAAUUGAUUUCCAAUAUGUUCCCCUCAGUAUGUUUUUUGGUUCUCUUCUCCCAUUUCUCAUCAGCUUCUUCUGCAUUGGGCUCAGUGUGAGGUCUCUCCUGAGUCAUGUCCACCAGAUCCGUCACCAUUCAUCUCAGUUCAGCUCAUCUCCACAACUAGAGGGUCACCUCCGAGCCGUCAGGACCAUGAUCCUCCAGGUCUGCCUUUGCUUGGCUCUGUAUCUGGCUGUCUUUAGCAUGAUCAUGUUCUCCCCAUACUUAGGAAUGAUUGUAAGAAUAUUUAUUUUCAUAAUUGUUACAAGCUACCCUUCUGCUCUGGCCGUCAUCUCAGUCCAGGGGAACCCCAAGUUAAGAAACAGACCCCCUACCUAG